UUUAUUUUUUUUCGCAUGUAUUAAUAAAAAAUUUUUCUUGGCAAAUUUCAGCGAACUCGGUUCGCCCAAAAUCACAUGAUAUAUUUUUUUAUUUUGAAUGCUUAUAUGCAGUGUAUUAGUUAUAUAUAGACCAUGACAUCCGAGCUUGAGUUAUCGAAACAGCGUAUCACUGAACUUGAGGCUGAGAACGUAAAUCUUAGAAGAAAGCUCUCGGUGUCUGAUGCUGAAAUAGCUGAACUUAAGCGCAGGAAUAACGAGUUUCUAAGAGCAAAUAAGGAAUAUAACGAGAGGCGUGAUGCUGAAAAUGCCAAACUCAGGGCCAGAAUCGAGGAGUUGGAGAAAAACAAGGAAGAUUCUUCAGCUGAGAAUGUUAGGCGUGAUGUUGAAAUUGCUGAGAUUAAGGCUGAAGUAGUGAAAUUUAGCACCUUCGGCUAAAUCAUCGGAGGAAAAAGAGACAGAUGAGGGUUUGAUUCAAGAAAUUAAUUCAUCCAUGAAAGAAAAACACAUCCUCUCGGCUGUGACUGAAAUUUCAGCGAACCAAGUUCGCCCAAAUUCUUUAGCAGAGAAAAAUGAAGAGCGAGCGGUCCACCCUGAUAUCAUUAGUCUAUAUGAAACCGCGUGCGGUGCAGAAAAGAAAGCAAUCGAAGCCAAUAGAGAAGAAACUUUGCGUUGGUGUUUCUAUGCUAGAGAAUUCAAGCGCAUGUAUAAAGAUUUUAUG